CGACUCCAGGCUCAGUGAAGACGCCCUAGCAACAACACACACAGCUGCGGCGAAUAAGAUACUCCUGCCGCGGAGAAGACGGAUUAAACACCGCCGCUUUAUUGCCCUGAGUCCAGGUGAAGCUUUUCUGCAAAGGCGAUGCCCCUGGUGGUUUCUGCAGUCAACAUGGGUCUUGAGUACAGCUAGCCUAUGUAGGCUAGCCGUCCCUGAAGACGAGCAGCAGCCCCAAGCUGUCCCGAAGGAGGACACGAUCCCGGGGAUUCAACGAGUGCUAGCAUCGCUGUUUGCUAACCGGGAAUAAGCACGGGAAUGGUGCUCUGGAUCGACUCACUGUACCGGCAGAGAAAGGCGAGGGGCACACGGGUCAGACCACCAAGCUGUAACAUUUGGACUCAAACUAUUUUAUUAGAGGGAGCGGCUCUCGGGCGAACGAGUGUUUUUGUGGCUGUACCAGCUAGCUGGCUAGAUAACUGAGGGGAGACGACCCCCACCGCCUGCUCAGGGUUUUCAAACUGCAGCCAGGGAGGCUAAAGUUAGCCAGGGCGAGAGCAGAAUACACAUCUCUGUGGUUUUAAUAAAACAAGGAUAAAUUACAGGCAAAGCCCAGAAGAAAGCUAGAAAAUAACCCGAGUUAGUUAAACCCGAAACCACAACUCAAGGGGACUUAUUUUUUUUAGCAGACGGCAAAGUAAUAAAUGCUGCGUGACUCUAGUUUGAAUCAUUGUUUUCCACUUUUUUAUUCGGGAUUUGUUUUCCCCACUUCGGAUGCUGGCAUCACACUUUAAUUGCAAUCAUGAUGAUCAUAAGCAGAAAACCAGAGGGCCCAAUAGCAACAGCACGGCAUGGCGAUGGUCUGUAUGACUCAUACAUGAGGACAGACCAUAUCCUUAAAGACGACGCUGAUACAAACAGUCCGUCCGGGUUGCCCCCUAUGCCUAAACACACAGUUGUCAGUAACAAGGCUGUAAUGAGGGAUCAGGUAACUGUGCGAGGUGGCCAGCUAAAGGUCAAGUACCUGUAUGAAGACUCCACCAACAACCGAAAGAUCAAUGCGAUAACCACAGCAACCACCCAGAACAGUGGGACCACUGGUCAGACGCCCAGUAAACCUGCCCCGGUCUCUAGCUUGUCCAAGGAGCACAGUGUAGACAGCAGUGAAUCCAGCAAGGGCUCCAGUGACUCCUCUGGCCCACAGGGUGGAGUUGGGAGUGGAGGGAAUAGUGGGAAGCUGUGUGGCCCUCUCACUCCUACCCAGGCUAUGAGACUGUACCGAUCUCAACUGACCACCCUGGAGCAGACCGAGAUCCACUCCUAUCCAGACAUCUACUUCGUGGGACCCAACGCCAAGAAGAGACUUGCUAUAGCUGGAGGCAACAACAACUGUGGCUACGAUGAUGAGCAGGGAGGAUACAUUAAUGUCCCCCAUGACCAUCUGGCUUACCGCUACGAGUUCCUCAAGAUUAUUGGGAAAGGUAGCUUUGGCCAAGUGGCUAAGGUAUACGACCACAAACUGCAGCAGCACCUGGCUCUGAAAAUGGUGCGCAAUGAGAAGCGUUUCCACCGGCAGGCGCAGGAGGAGAUCCGCAUCCUGGAGCAUCUGCGCAAGCAGGAUCGUAACGGCACCAUGAACGUUGUGCACAUGCUUGAAAACUUCACCUUCCGCAACCAUAUCUGCAUGACCUUUGAGCUGUUGAGCAUGAACUUGUAUGAACUGAUCAAGCGCAACAAGUUCCAGGGCUUUAGCCUGCCGCUGGUCAGAAAGUUUGCACACUCCAUCCUGCAGUGCCUGGAGGCCCUGAGCAGGCACAGAAUCAUCCACUGUGACCUUAAGCCAGAGAACAUCCUGCUCAAACAGCAGGGACGCAGUGGCAUCAAGGUGAUUGACUUUGGCUCCAGUUGUUUUGACCACCAGCGGGUGUACACCUACAUCCAGUCUCGUUUCUAUCGAGCUCCAGAGGUGAUCCUCGGUUCACGUUACGGCCUUCCUAUCGAUAUGUGGAGCUUCGGCUGCAUACUGGCCGAGCUGCUUACCGGCUACCCCCUGUUCCCCGGCGAGGACGAGGGCGACCAGCUGGCUUGUGUCAUGGAGCUGCUGGGCAUGCCUCCGCAGAAGAUCCUGGAGCAGUCCAAACGGGCAAAGAACUUCAUCAACUCCAAGGGCCACCCUCGUUACUGCGGAGCCAACACCUUGCCCACUGGGGCCACUGUGCUAACGGGGUCUCGCUCUCGCCGUGGAAAGAUGAGAGGUCCUCCAGGUAGCAAGGAGUGGAGUGCUGCGCUCAAGGGCUGCGAGGACCCCACCUUUACUGACUUUCUAAAGAAGUGUUUGGACUGGGACCCCUCGUCUCGCAUCACCCCUAGCCAGGCCCUCAGACACCCUUGGCUGUAUCGGCGCCUACCCAAGCCCCUACCUGGGACCGAUAAGAGCCCAGGGGCCACGGUGAAACGGCUCCCCGAGCACCAUAGCACCUCCUUCCCCUCUAUCCUGGUCAAAGGGGGGCCAAUCUUAGGCACCACAGCUGCCAACAACAAACUGAGGAGCAACAUGAUGGGAGAUUCUGGGGACGCCAUACCUCUUCGCACGGUCCUACCCAAACUCGUCUCUUAGAUAGAGAGAGAGAGAGAGUCCUGUAAUCUCCUCUCUCCCUCCACUUCUUCCUCCUCUGCACUCCUCAGGAGGAGUCAGAGUACAGGAGAAAGUGGAGCUUAGGUUUUACAACUCGUUUGGUUGUUGUUUUAUUUGUUUUCUACUGAGAGGUGUCGACACCCCAGUUCCUGGUUUUUAAUAUUAGCUGAACAGAGAGAGACAAAAGAAACACUAAAACAGUUUUUAUACAGACUAUUUCCUUGAGUGGCUGUGGAGUUUCUUACAGCCAUUGAUACGGUUUGAUUUAGAUAAUGCUUUUUAAAAACUUCCUCGUGUGACUGGACAGCUUGGUUAAUGAGCAAAUGUUUUUAACCCGAGUGUUGUGUUUUAGUAAAACACUCUCAAGCACACCUGCACUGUCACUUGCCUCACUUCACACUUCUUUCUUAACACUCAGAGGAUGCCGCUCUUUCUUGGGAAGUGUUUGUAUGAGUGAAACUUGAAAAGGGCUACAGAGAUUACCGUUAUCAGGUUACAGUUAGCAAGCAAAGAAUUGUUCAGUCAACAUCAAUGAAUAUAAAAAAGAAAAAUAGAAUCAUGCUGUAGUGUUUGGGCCCUGCGUACACUGACACAGAAAUCCCUCAUAUAUAUAUAUAUAUAUAUAUACACACACACACACAGAAAAAUGUCUUUCACACAGGUAAAGAGGGUUUGGCAUUAUGUAGUGAACAAUUAGGAAAACCGUUUUUAGCAAUAAGUCUUCACUUUUUCUUUUCUAGUUGCUCUCUUUUUCUACCUUUCCUGAUCGCGGGUGCUUGCAUGUCAGCUCAAUAUGUGACGUUAAUAUGUGUGUGUGCUUUAUUGUCCUACUCGGGUAGACAUUGAGAGGGCAUAGGACAACCUUUUUACGGGACCCUCCUCCCAGCAGUAGCUCCACUAGAACUGUCACAAAGGUGUCACCAUCACACUCGGUACUUCACACUGGUUUGCGUGAGGCUGGCUUACAACUGUAAGCCAUUGCACAUACACACCUGUGGGGUGGAAAGUUGGCUGUGGAAAGUUGAAGUUUAUAUAAAUGUCACCUGCCCAUUCCCCUAAUUGGCUGCUGUGAUUGUUGGCAGCGGUGUGUUAAUCCUAAUGCAAGAAUAGUGCAGGGUGAGAGAGAUUAUGGGAUAAAAUGAAGGGCGGUAUGUUUAAUAUGAGCCAAGUUUCUUUUUUUCUUUCAGGGGGAGGUGUAGAAGAGUUGACAGGACAGGCCAGUGACAAACGAGGGUUUUUAUGGUACUGAAGAAAGAAGUGUUUCUCAGGGAGACAUACUUGAUACAUCCCUUAAUCUUAUAUGAAGUGUGUUCCACUUACAGUCCUCAGUCCCGACUAUGGAUGAAAUGCAUGCAGUCCUGUCCACUGAGAGCAAGAGAAUGCAUAGAUGAGUGUUUUUCCGUGAAGGUGCUCACACAAUCUGACCUAAAUUCUCUCUCCUCCCCCACCAUCUCGUUCUCGCUCUCGUUUCUCUCACUCUUGUCUCAUGUAGGGCAGAGAACCUCUUAAACUCACACGUGCAUAGCGAAUUAUGGUGCUGUCCAAAGCGCGCGCACACAGACACGCACACAGAAAUACAUCAGGUGCAUGUUGAAUGGACCACACCGCUCAAAGAGUUCUUUCUCUCGUCCCUCGUUUCCUAAGUGGAACUGUCAGGGAUUUCUUCUACUCUGUCUCCAUUGUUUUGUUUUUUUAUAGAAGUGGUUUCUAUUGCUAUUCAGUCCAGAAUAUCAGAGGAUGUAAAAUGCAAAAAUGGACAAAGAGGAAGUUGUAUACUGUCAUGUUGUACUAGUGGUGUGCGUUAGUAGGAGGGUGUUUGGUGUUCCAGCAUGAAAUCACAAACCUGUUAUCAGACUGAGUGACUAUGAGAAGAGAAACUGUACAGUAACCAAAUGAAGUUGUGAUAGUUUCUUUUUCUAAAGAAAAUAAAAAUGAUUAUUAACUGAAA